AUGAAAGCCUUCUUGAUGGCUUAUGAUCUAUGGGACACUGUAAAAAAGGAAAAUAUUUUUCCAAUAAUUGCUGCAACCACAGCAAAAAAGGUAUGGGAUUUGUUACAAGGAACAGAAAGAGUUAGGACAAUGAAGCUGCAAAUGUUGAGGAGAGAAUUUGAGAUGUUGAAGAUGACUGAAGAACAUUCUAUCAAGGAGUAUUCUUCAAAACUCAUAGAGGUUGUGAACCAGAUGAAGCUUCAUGGAGAAAAAAUUUCUAAUGAAAGAAUAAUUGAAAAAAUCUUGAUUACAUAUGAACAAAGAACUAGUAAAAGAACUGAGGAGUCUCUUGAAGACACUUUCCAAGUGAGGCAUAAAGCAAAUACAUUUCUUGUAAGAAACCAACCUUUAAGGAACCAAGCUGCUGGAAAAGAUUACAAACGUAAAGGAGUUGAGGCAACCACAAAACAAGUUGAUAGAAGAAGAAAAUAUGCACCUUGCAAAAUUUGCAACAGAACAAAUCACCUAGAAAAGGAUUGUUGGCACAAAAGGCAAGAAGCAAUGCAGUCAAGAAUGAGCAUAGAUUGGUAUAUUGAAAGUGGGUGUACCAAUCAUUUGACAUUUGAUGCUAAUCUAUUCAUUACUUUGGACACUUCAGUCAAGAUCAAAGUCAAGAUGGGGAAUGCACAAUAUGUUAAUGCUGAAGGCAAAGGGACUAUUGCUGUGCAUAAAGGUAAAGCUACUAAGCUUAUUUCAAAUGUUUUGUUAAUACAUAAUUUGGAUCAAAAUCUUUUGAGUGUGGCUCAAAUGAUGGACAAAGGAUAUUGA